AUGAAGCUCCACCACCUUGGCCUGGUUGCUUUGAGCUCAAACAGCUUGGCCCAGUAUAUUGAUAUUGGAACCUUGCUGGAUCCAGUUCAGCCUGUUCUGUUUCCCGAUGCUGAGAGAGCAAAGAACCCUCUGGCUCAUCUUGGAGCCAAUGGGCCAUGGCACAUAGGCCCUGAUAUUACUGGCAUCUCUUCUGAGAUUCCCGACGGUUGCGUUGUCGACCAGGCUGCCUACGUAUCCCGACAUGGAUCCCGUUACCCAGAUUCGGGCGCUCACAGCUCGUGGGUUGAAAUGGCUCGUCGUUUCAAAGAGAGCAAAUACACUGCCACUGGUCCCCUGGCAUUCUUCCACACCUGGGACACUCCCCUGACCAAUCCCGACAUGCAAAUCGCUCAACUCAGCAAGACUGGCUACAAGGAGUUGUUCGAUAUGGGAUAUACUCUGCGCAUCAGAUAUCCUGACCUCUACCAAGAGGGUGACAACUUUUACGUCUGGGCUAACAACUACACCCGCGUUCUCCAAACCGCCAAGCUCUUCGUCCACGGCUUCCUGGGAACCAACUCUUCACUGGGAACUGUCGUCUCCGUUACAGGCAAGGGCAUGCCCGCCCACCUCGGAGACACGCUUGCUCCUUCGGAUAUGUGCCCAGCUUUCAAGGACGACAGCGACAAGCAGCAGGCCGCGUGGCGGGCUACUUGGCUGCCGCCGUUCAAAAAGCGACUUUCUCAGUACAUCAAGGGAGACCUUCAGCUUGAUGACGCUCACUGGAACGAUUUCCCUUACAUCUGUGGUUUCGAGUCACAGAUAACCGGUCGUCUUUCGCCCUUCUGCAACACCUUCACUCAGAAGGAGCUUGAGCAGUACGAGUAUCAACAAGACUUGAGAUAUUACUACGGCGUGGGUCCUGGAGCGAACGUGGCGUCCAAGAUGAUGGUUCCCUUCCUCAAUGCUUUGGUUCAGAGAUUCGUUGCUGGCCCAGAUGCUGAGGGCGUUGACUUUGAGGGUCGUCCUUUCAAGCUUCCCAAGCUACUGAUGAGCUUCCUCAACGACGGCCAGUUGAACGAACUGGCUGUAGCAACUGGCGUCUUUGACAAGCAGAAGCCUCUUCCACUCGACAAAGCCCCUAAGGAUCGACUCUGGCGCAGCUCCAACAUCUCACCCAUGCGAGGCACCAUUGCCUUCGAGCGGCUCAGCUGCCCAGUGAAGGGAAACCCUCACAAGCCCAGCAACAAGAAAGACACUUUUAUCCGAGUUCGUAUCAACGACGCUGUCUAUCCUGUGCCCUCGUGCCAGGACGGCCCGGGCAAGUCUUGCUCGGUGAAGAAGUAUGCUCAAUACUUGGAGAAGCGACUCGGGAAGGACGGAAACUUUGCCAAGAUCUGCAACGCCACUGAUGCUGCUACACCCACCAAGGUCCUUGGAGCUAGUUUCUUCACUGACUUGGCUCAGCCGCACUUGCAGCCGGUGAAGCCUUAG